AUGGGUUGGAUUGAUCAAGUGGAUUUGGUUAGGUUGGUGGAGAGAGAAAAUUGGUGGGAUUUGGAAGAAGGGUCUGUGUUCUUCGGCAUUGUGUGUGGUGGUGGAGGCGGUAGUGGAGGCAUUGGUGUAGGGAAUACGGUGGAGGUUGGGGGUGGUGCAAGGAAAAAGGGAAAAAUGUUAUCCACACUCCAUUUCUUGGAGACCCUAUCUGGGUUUGUCACCAUUGGUGUUGCCGUUGAGGUUGCUGUUUUAGUCGAUGUGCUUGAUUUUGGAGGCUUAUCAGAGACAAUGGGGUUUUUGGACAACUCAAAGGAAUGGACGAUAGAGAUGGUUGGGGAUUGA